AUGGGUUAUGAGAUAUAUUUUACAAUUCUAAUCAAUCUCAUAUUCAGCCUUUAUAUAAAUUAUGUAGUAACAAUCCCCUAUAUGGUAAUAUGCUAAUUAACUUCUUUUAUUAGGAUGAAGAAUUUCAUUUGGAUCAAAUGUAACAUUAUUUAGACUCAGAUUUUGCUUAUUGGAAUCCAAAAUUGACAACACCCCCAAUGCUUUACUUUUUAAAUUACCCCUUUAUUAUUUUAUUAUCUAAAAUGGGUUUUAACAUACUUACAUCUUGCAGAUUAAUCAACACGUAUAUAUUAAUUUUAAUUAUAGUUUUAUAUAUCCAACUAUUACAUUUUUGGUGUUAUCAAAAUCAUUCUAAAAUAUGUAAAAAGCAUUAUUGUUUUCUAUUCUCCCAACCAUAUAUUUUUAUAACUUCUUAUUCUAUACAGAUACCUUAUCAAUUACAUUAUUAUCCUUAUCUUUUCAAUUAUUGUAAUCAAAAUAUUAUUUUAUCUCUUCAAUUGUAAGUUUUCUAUCAUAAUGUUAGUUUUCAUUGUGCUCUGUAAUGAGUAGAUAAACUAAUAUACUAUGGAUCGUAUAUAUCUGUAUAAAAGAUUAUUUGGAUCAAAAUUAAACUAAGCUGCAAUUUAAAGAUCCAAGAUUAUGUAUAAUUUUGUUUAUUAUUCUAUUUAGCCAUAUUAUUUCAUAUAAAUGCAUUGUUCAAUAUGAUUUUUAGAGAUGUAAAAAUAAUAGUGAAAAACUAUAAAUAUCAUAUUUCCAUUUUAAUUCUUUUUAUUGGAUUUAUAUAUAAAAAUGGUGGAAUUGUAUUGGGAGAUAAAGAUAAUCAUAAUUUGGUUUUUCAUGCUGCACAAAUAAUGUACUUUUUGCCAGUUCUUUUUAUUUAUUUUCCAAUAAACUGGGAUACUUUAUUAUAAUAUACUUAGCUAUCCAUUAAGAGAUUACUUUUAUCAAGAAAUGCAAAAUUUACUUAUUUAAUUAUAUUGAUAAUAUGCUUGUAAAUUGUUCAUUAUUGGACUCACAUUCAUCCAUUUAUUUUAAGUGACAAUCGCCAUUACGUAUUCUACAUUUGGAGAAAGAUUCUCUCUAAAGAUUUUUAUCGCUAUGGUUUAUGCUUUAUCUAUGCUUUAAUUAUUGUCAUUCUUAGUAGAAUUUUAAUUAGUAAAUAUAUAAAUUAUUAUUUUUUUUAGUUCGCAAAGAAUAAACAUUUUAAUUAAUUUUAUUAUUCAUAUUCACAACAUUAUCUCUUAUAUUUAGUCCUUUAAUUGAGCCAAGAUAUUUUAGCAUUCCAUUAUUGUUCUUUUAUUAUCAUUGUUAAUUUGCAGAAUAAACUUUGAAAAAAUAAAUAACAGUUUUCACACUAAUAAAUUGCAUAAUAAUUUAUGUGUUUUGCGAAGUUUAGUUUUCUUGUGAUUUUCCAUAAUGUAGAUUUAUGUUUUGA